AUGUCGAGAUUUUGUGCUCUUGGUGCAUGGACAUGGCUCAUCGGGAGUUGGAUCCCAGCAUUUCCCGCUUGCGACAUCUCGGUGAUCGCCGCAACGAAUAGCGCCUUUGCAGCACAGAAGGUGGAUGGGAGCGUCAUCACCUGGGGUGACGCAGCCUCCGGAGCUGACUCAAGUGGUGUGGCAGCAGUCCUGGCCAGUCGCGGGGUGUCUUUCAUCUAUUCAAACGAGUGUGCAUUCGCUGCGAAGAUGUUGGACGGGUCGUUGGUCCCCUGGGGUGGCGCUACCUGCGGCGGCGAUGCUAGCUCCGUGGCAGGUGAGCUUGAUGAUGGAGUUACGGAGGUUUACACCAUAACCCAGGGCUUUGCGGUACGAAAGUCUGAUGGCAGGGUUAUCACAUGGGGAGCAACUUCAAGUCCUUCGUUUGCAUCCGCAAUGGUCCAUCUCACAACAGGAGUAGAUUCCAUUGUCAGCUGCGGUGAUGAGUUCGCCGCCUUGAAGCUCGAUGGGACCGCGGUCAGAUGGGGACCCCUCUUGCUUGAUGCCGAGGUGAUAUCCGGGGUUCUCAGCAUUCAGCCUAUGGAGCACUACAACGUAGCUUAUGAGGAUCCUCGAUAUCGCUGCGCAUUCUUCAAGAGUGGCAAUAGCGUGAGCAUUUCUGCAGCUGGUUCUUCUAUGUCUUCGAGUCUUACACAGACAGAGAGCCUAUCAGCAGGACGAGGCAUGUAUGCAGCAGGGCCAGAUACGGGAUCUUCGCGCUCCUACAGUAUCUGGAAGCAAAACGGAGAUGUGGAGCAACUAUUGUUUCCUCCAUCGCUUUACGCAGCAUGGCGCAAUCCGCAGGUUCCCCUUGCGACCCGAAAUGUGGUGGACGGGCCUGUUUCGUCGGUUACUGUGAGCGGAGGUGCUUACGCCUGCCUCAAGCAGGAUGGUAGCGUGCAUACGUUUGGCUGGGACAAUUACGGCUCAAAGCCAGAUGAUGAUGGGGUUGGAAACCUGCUCACAUCCGACGUCGAAGCCGUUGUCGCAAGUGGGGUUGCUUUUGCAGCCCUGAAGACUGACGGCACCCUGGUCAGCUGGGGAAAAGAUGUGCCAACGGGAUUUACCCUCUCCGGUGUGGUGCAGGUGGUGUCAAGCCAUGAAGCUUUCGCAGCAGUCAAGGAGGAUGGCAGUGUUGCCACAUGGGGAAAGUCGACUUACGGAGGGGACUCCAGUGCAGUCGCUGGCCAGUUGGCAUCCGGGAUCGAGUUCAUCCAGGCCACAGGCGCUGCUUUCGCAGCCAAGCAUGUGGACGGAAGUGUCAUUACCUGGGGAGAUGGCGCAAAGGGUGGGGAUUCAGGUCUGGUCGCAGAUCAGAUCUCAUCUGGAGUUGCCACGGACCCUUGCUUUACACGAACCUCCACAACGGGCACUACAUCAACGCACACGCUCACCACAGUGACGGGCACUUCGUCCACCAAAACGUCAGCGACGGAGACGAGCUUCACGAGCACGAGCACUACGACGACGCUCACUCAAACGUCGUCCACCAGCAGCACGACCUCGACGACUGGGACAUUGCUGACGGCAACAACGCUCACGUCCACCACGACCAGCUGCAACACAUGCGUGUCAAGUGGUGGCAAUCGAGAGCCGCUCGACGAGCCUCUUGACCCGCUACUUAUUGCUGCCCUGGCCACUGGGUGCGGUGCUAUGGUCCUCUUGGUCGCUUGCUGGAUCUAUAACUACAAUCGAAGUGGGAAUUGCUGGACCAGGAUGCUGAGGUUCUUCAACGGAGAGACGGCAACCUUCGAUGCAGGUCAGGGCACGCAGAUCGGAAGCGCAGCAAACUCGGCAGACGCACAGAUCCAGGCAGACGCACAGAUCCAGUCGAUUUAG